CGUUAGUUUAAAUUCUGAAGGAAAGGCCCGAGCCUGCACUUGAAACGAUUGCGUUCAACCCGGGUACCCCAGUGUUUAAUCGUCCUUUAAUGUGGCUAUACAUUUUAAUUGUUUAGUUUAUCAAGUGUUCAGACUAUGGAUGACGCUUUCCAGUAUCCCGUUUUCUUCGAGUGUCCUAAUCUGGAGGGAGAAAGUAAAAAGAGGGCAGAACUUUACUUUCGAAAUCGUCGCAAAUCAGGAGGUGGUGACUGCGGUUCGAUAACAAACGAAGAAAAUAAAGUGUACCGAAUUGCGUUUAAUGACAGAGCAGAUCAGCAAAGAGUCCUGCAGAAAUCUAAACAUGAAGUAAAGUUUGCAGAUGUUCGUCUGGUGCUGAAUGUGCGAGCAAGCCCCACCUUCUCACCCAUCACUACCCCAACUACAAGCAAGUUAGUUAGCCCAAAACUGGACUCAACUUCAUCACAGGAACCGCCUGAAGAAUAUGAACUACAACCUGACACUUACCUUUUACAAUACCUGAAGGAAUGCCCAAAGGCUUGGGAAGGACUGAAGAUAGAACUAGUCUCUUUGGCCUGCUCUGCUCAGCUGUACCCAGAGGAAGGGAGGGUUUUAGUUAGCUGUUUAACUCAACCUGGUGCUGCAGAUUAUGUUAGAGAUUGGAAAGCAGAGGUUGACCAACUCUUUGAUGGCUACCUGUGCCACUGUGAGGUGGACCGUCACAAAGUUGUAGCUUUGCUUGAGUCCAGGAACUCUCUUCAGACCACCAAUGACGUUAAGGUCUACAGCGAGAAUGGGAUGGCAAUUGUUGUUGGGCAGCGUUCUCAGGUGAACGCCAAGUUGAUGGAUGUAGGUGCCUUGCUUGGUAAACAAAGGCCACGUUUACUUGAGAGGGAAACCUGCAUUUGUCGACUGGGCGAGGCUAAGCUCCGCCUCGUCUGGAAGGAGAUUGAGCACACUUUGCAAAAGGACUUUCCAGGAGUGAAGGUCACGCAGGGAGCUCCAGGUCAGUUGCAUUUGGAAGGCUCUGUCGAGGAUAUUCUUAAGGCUAAAGAUUGGAUCUCUGAUCAGGAGAAGUUGGUGUUCCAAAGGAGAGUUUCUGACAUGAGCCCACAUUUUCUUUCCUUCUUGAGAAAUGAAUACGGAGGUCCAGGGGUGCUUGGACAAUUCUUAGGGUUUAGUGACAAUGCCGAAGUAGAGUUACGGGAAACGGAGCUGCGUUUCUUCAGUCUCUCUGCUGAUAAAUUGAAUGAUAUCCAACGAAAACUACAGGAAAAAUUCAAGGAAGUCAAGAUUGAUGUUCCUAACUGCUCCACUGUGCCAUCUGAGCUUCAGGAAAAGCUGAAGUCCGAGACAAAGGAGAUGAACCAAGGGCAAUACAGGUCCAAGGUCGUGUUUGGCGCAGACAGCAGUGUGUUCUUACUUGGGCACACCAAAGAGGUUGAAGAGCUAAAUGAAGUUGUCAUACAGUUUAUUUUGGAUCAUGCUAGCAUAGAGGGCAAAGUCAAUCUCCCUUACCCAGAGUUAGUGCUUGAGUUACCAGAAUUUUUGCAGCUGCAUGGUUUUGAUUAUUCAGGGGUUACCUUCUGUCCUUUAAUAUCUUCCUCUGGGCCCACAAUGUUGCUGGAAGGUCCAUCUGGCAAAGUGACUGAUGUUAGGAAUAGACUCGGUACAUUUGUUGACUCCCUUGUUAAGGGCAGAGUCACCAUUGAAUUGCCAGGGGCAGUGCGGUAUAUUGAAAGCAGCUCUGGAAGGGACAACAUUUUAAGACAUGCUCAUUCUCAGAAGUGUCUCGUACAGCUUCAAGAACAAGCUUACGCUACUAGACAGACUUUUGCAUCUGAUGCAGGCGCAGGUCAAGUAAACACAACAGUUGCUAGCUACAGCCUUCGUGACGGGGUCCAGGUGCUUGUGUGCCAGGGUGACAUCUCCAAACAGGAAGCUGAUGCCCUGGUGAACGCUGCCAACGAAUUUCUGGACCAUGAUGGAGGGGCUGCUGCAGCACUGUCUAAAGCAGGUGGCCCUCAGGUGCAGAAGGAAAGCACAGCUUUAGUAAAGCAGACAGGGAAAAUUCCCACUGGUAACGCGGUAGUGACCACAGGGGGGAACUUAAACUGCAAGAGACUGGUUCAUGCUGUUGGGCCUGUAGGUGGAAAAGCUGGUGGACAAGAAAGGGUGUUACUGGAAAAAGCUGUCAAGUCUGCUUUGAAUUUAGCCGAGAUGAUGGAGUUCAGGUCUAUAGCUAUGCCCUGUAUCAGCUCAGGUUUGUUUGGUGUACCUGUGGCUGUGUGCUCUGAGGCUAUUGUAACUGCUGUAAAGGAGUUUUGCAGCCAGGGAGGGCGAAGUCUUAGAAGAAUCAUCCUGAUUGAUAACAGAGGAGAGGUGGUGAGGUCCAUGAAGGAUGCAUGUGAUCGGCUUCUCCAAGGAACAAGUACCGGAAACAGGGCACCAAGUGGUCUGGGGUUUCAAAUGGAUGCUUCUGCCCAAUACGCAGCAAGAAGAGCCGCUGCUGGGGCUCCUGGAGGGGCUGUCCAUGUGGAGAUCAUUCAGGGAUCUAUCGAGAACCAGCAGGUGGAUGGCCUUGUGUCCCCCAUGGUUGGCCAUGAUCCUCUCUCUUCCCGUGUUGGAAACUUUUUGUCCAACAUGGUAGGACCUCAGCUGACUGUAAAGUUUCAUAACGAAGCAAGCGGAGCUACAAUCCCUGGUGAAAUAAUCCUGGUGGAGGGCUUGCCUGCACUUCAAUCUAGAGGAGUGUUCUUCAUCAACCUCACUCCCUGGGAUAAUAACCAACAGGGAACUGCUGUCCAGGUCUUGAGAAAUGGCAUCAAAAAAAUGCUGGCUUCGUGUCAGAUCCGUGGCUACAGUUCAGUUGCUCUCCCUGUGCUGGGGGUCGGUGCUGCUCUACGUUUCCCUCACAGCGUGGCAGCGAGGGUUAUAAUGGAGGAAGUCCGUCAAUUUGAACAUAACCGAAUCACUGGAACAUCUUUCUUAGUCCGUAUUAUCGUUCAAUCCAUCGAAUCGAGCAAGGCCUUCCAGUCUUGCCAGGACACCAUGCAUCUCAGAGGGUUCACAAACGAUGCUGACCCAGACCAAGCUUCCUUUUAUCGCCAUAUCUCCGCAACUAACGAUGAGGUCACAGCCAUGUUGGGUGGUAUCAAGCUUCAGAUGGCCGUUGGUGACAUCACUAAGGAGAACACUGAUGUCAUUGUCAACACAACUGACUUCUCCAACAACCAAUCUGGCGUGUCUAAAGCCAUUCUGACUGCAGCGGGGCCCAGUGUCCAAAGACAAUUGGCACAAGUGGGAAUUCCUGCAGACUUGAUGUGUACUACAGGACCCGGGGGGCUUGCCUGCAAGGAAAUCAUACAUGCUAGUUUCAAGAGUGACCAUGAAGUGAUUCGUAAUAAUUGCAAAAGGAUACUGAAGCUCUGUGAGAGCAAAGGGUACAGCUCAGUGUCCUUCCCUGCUGUUAACACUGGUGCAGCUCAUAUGGACUUGACCAAAGCAUGUAAAGCAUUGCUGGAUGGCAUGACUUCAGCUAUUAUGGACUUGAAACCAAGUUCCCUCAAACGUAUCCGCAUUGUCAUCUUCCAGCAAUCGGUCUUUCAGGCUUUCAGAUCAGAGCUGGAGAACCGCUUUGGACAAACAGCCACUCGCCACCUAAGCCUAAGAGAAAAAGCUAAACAAAUGCACAGGAAGUGGCAGGAGACAAGAACAAGGACCACUGCAACACCUAAAGACAAAAUCUUCGCAUCCUCAAAGCCACCUCCAGCUGUGAUAACUGUGAUUGGUUGUGGUCCCGACAUCAUCAGGACCAUGAAGAGAGAUUUGGAGGGGAUCCUGCAGAAUCAGCUGAUGGAGAAAGACGUAGAUGUGGAGGAUUUCUCCAGGCUUGAUGACAUGGAGCGGGAGGCAGUGCAGGCAAAGCUCAAAGUCUUAGAAGUGAGCCUGGAAUACAAGAAACGUCAAAGUUCUGAAGGUCGGAAUGGGAACAGAGCAAAAAACUCGGCCAGAGCAGAAGCUAGAGAUCGUUCAGGGUCAGGAACAGAGGUGUAUGUGCUGAAAGGCCUGAAAGAGGACGUGUUGACCAUCGUCGAGCUUAUAAACAAAGCAAUCAGAAAAGCCCUUGGCGAAGACAUCGAAGAAAAUAAUGAAGCAAUGUUAGCUCUUGAUGUCCAGUGGUCGAUUCAGGAUACGAAUAAAGUCUGGCGCGAGCUGAGCCUGCACGACAACUACAUUCUGGAGGAGGCUCACAAGAAGAAACAAGUUUUUGUAGACAUCACCUCACCAGACAGAAUAAAGGUGUCCGUGAACCUGAAGGAAAGUAAAGCCACUAACCAGCUCACAGGCAUCACCUUCGAAGUGAAAAGGAACGAGUCUGACACAACCUUGGUGUUGCCGGAACAUUGGGAACCUAUGCAUGGAGGACACUUCAAAAAGGUGGAGCUGCAGCCUUCGUCUUCAGAGUACAAGAAUAUAGAGAAGGGUUUCCUUCAAACGGCUAAAUACAACAUUCACAAAAUUGAACGAGUGCAAAACCCCUACCUGUGGUAUGGCUAUACUGUGCUCAAGAAGCGUUUGUUAGCUAAGAAUGACACAGCUGGGGAUGGGGAGAAAUUUCUCUACCAUGGCACAUCAGCAGAGUCUUGCAACUGCAUUGAAACGGGCAAAUUUGACAGGAACUUUGCAGGAGCACAUGCUGCUGCAUUUGGAAAGGGAGUGUACUUUGCAGUCACUGCGGCGUAUUCGGCUGCCGGGUUUUCCCCGGCAGACGCGUCAGGCAUGAAGAGGCUGUACGUGGCUCGAGUCCUGACCGGUCGCUACACCAUCGGCCAUUCUGAUCUGAAAGCCCCCCCUCCUCGAGGCUCAGACAAAACUGACUGCUUCGACAGUUGUGUGGACAACCAGCAGAACCCCUCCAUGUUCGUGAUCUUCCACGAUGACCAGGCCUACCCAGAACACCUUAUCACCUUCAGCUGAGUGUAACUAAAACAAAUGGUUUGUUACACUUUGCAAUGUGCCAUAAAGAUUCUAUUAUAGAUAUCUUUUUUUUCGUGAGCUGAUUUGGAAUAGAGAUGUAUCUCAGAAGCACUUUUAAAUAACUGUAAAACAAUCAGAUGUUGUGACAAAUAGAAGAGAUGCCAUUUAACACAUCCUCCAUGUGUAUUCAACAGCAUUGUAUUGAAGGACAAAGCUUUAACACUUUUCAUUUGGGAGAUCCUUUAAUUGAACCUAAUAUCUUCCAAAGCUGAACACCGUAUGUGCCACACAGUAAAAUGUAAUGCUAGUGCUUAAAAGUUUCGGUAUGCAAUAACUUCAAUCAUGCAACGAUUUUUAUUUUAA